GCUGGGAGGUGUGAUGGAUAGCCUGGAGGGAGGGUGAGAUUUAUACUCUGUGAGCUUUACUCGGCCACAUCAGCGUAUAGAUAACAUCAGAUAAGAACGUCUUUUGUCUGUAUAAAAAGGCUGGCGAGGGGUAAAGUUGGACCAUCUUCAGGAUCACAGCAAAUACAUCAUCAUGGCCUACAACGGUACCUGGAAAGUGGACCGCAGUGAGAACUAUGAGAAGUUUAUGGAACAGAUGGGCAUUAACAUGGUAAAGAGGAAACUGGCUGCUCAUGACAACCUGAAGAUCACCCUGGAGCAAACCGGUGAUAAGUUCCAUGUGAAGGAAGUUAGCACUUUUCGCACAGUGGAAAUAGACUUCACCCUUGGCGUCCCCUUUGAAUAUUCUCUGGCAGAUGGCACUGAGCUCACUGGAUCCUGGGUCAUAGAUGGUGACAUGCUGAAGGGAACCUUUACUCGCAAAGACAACGGAAAUGUGCUAACAACAACCAGGAAGAUUAUUGGUGAUGAACUUGUACAGACAUAUAACUAUGAAGGUGUUGAUGCCAAGAGGAUUUUCAAAAGGGCUUAAAACGUCAUGAGCGUAUACACAACACAAAAUCAACUGUAGUUGGACGAUUCAAAACUGUUUAGUGUUAACUAUGAGUAUUUUGCUGGAACUGGCAGCCUAAUGUUUAAUGUUUACAAAGUAAGAUAAAAAAAGGUGUGUGCAUGAAAAUCAUGUCUCGUUUGCACUAAGUUUUGAUAUUCAAAACCAUUUUUACGUCCUUUUGUGAACUCUGUUUUCAGUUAUAUGCUGCAUGUUGAGUUCAUGCUCAUAUUCUGGAUUAAAUAAAUAAUAAAAAGAAAUGCAUCAUGA